UUCAUCUCUAUAGGUGUACAGAGUGUAGAGUGCAUGAAGAGACUAAGCCAUUAUCUGAUACUGUAAGUCUGUGUAUCCCUGCAUCUAAUGAUGAUGAUGAUGAUGAAUAACUUGCACUCAUCUGAUCCCACUGACCGAGGUCAACCUCAAACAGCUUAUGUUUUGUUUUGAGCGUUAUCACCUCUCUUAUAAAAGGUCACUCUGAGGACUCCUUCGAAGACUGGACUCACCCCACCUGAGUCCAUGAGGGGAGGUGUUGUAUUGAUGAAUAUCCUUCACCUUUGAUGUUUUAUGACCUGUGACGCAACUCCAGUUCAGUGUGCCAGCUGCUGGAGAUGUUUAUAAAUAACCACAGCACCUUGCAGUGCUCCGGACGCUGGGUCACACAUAAGUGCUGGAGGUGCAGAGUAUCUGUGAGAACCCUCCCGAAACAGCAGUCUCUUCCAGGCAGUAAUAAAAACAAGCAGAGAUGGGAGUUGAGAACAUGGACAUGGAAGACACAGACUCUACUCUGAUGGAGAAGGGGACCAAGAAGCCACCGGCGCCCAGACCUCCAAACAAAUAUGAGACUCUGCUUCAGCCCUGCCUUGCCGAGAUAGUGGGGACCAUGUUCUUCGUUUUCAUCGGCUGCGUGUCCGUCAUCGAGAACGUGCCCGCAGCUGGACGUCUGCAGCCGGCCCUGGUGCACGGACUGGCUGUGGCGAUUCUGGUGGCCGUCAUGGAUAAUAUCAGUGGCUCCCAUUUCAACCCUCCAUUCACUAUUGCCAUCUACCUGUGUGGAGGCAUGGAGCUGAUGAUGGUGGGUCCCUACCUGGUCAGCCAGCUGAUCGGAGGAGUGCUGGGAGCUGGGAUGGCCAAGAUCAUGACCCCUGCAGACCGAUACUACAACGCCACAGGGGCAGCCUUUGAUAUACUCAAGUCAGAGAGUCAGCUGACUGGAGCCGUCUUUGGGGAGGUGGCUAUGACCUGCUUGAUCACCAUGGUGGUGCUGCUGGUGGCAGUCAACGGCAAGACGAAAACUCCACUGGCUCCGUUCCUGGUGGGCUGCACCGUCAUCAUCAAUGUCCUGGCAGGGGGUGACAUAUCAGGAACGUGUCUGAACCCUGCCAGAGCUUUCGGUCCAGCUGUGAUGACCAACUACUGGAUCUACCACUGGGUUUACUGGGUGGGGCCCAUCGGGGGUGGCCUGGUGGCCGCUGCUUUGCUCAGGCUCGUUCUGGGUGACGAAAAGUUACGAGUCGUUAUGAAGUGAUAACAGCCUCUAUUGUGUGUUUAUGACCACGACAAUACACCUAUAAGCAUUGUUCUGUCUCACCAUAUCAGUAGGUACUCCUGGCUCAUGUCAUAAUGACUUUGAUGCCGUACUUUUUUUUUCUCCCAUGUCAAACUGUGUGACUGUGUGGAUUUUUCACUAUGAAAUAAAGAACAAAACACG